GCAGAGAAGAUGGCGGAUGUGGUGAAUGUUGGGGUGAAUCUGGACGCUUUCUCUCAUGCCAUCAGCGGCAUCCAGGCGCUCCGCUCCAGCGUCAGCCGCGUGUUCGAGUCUCUGAAGGACGGCAUGAAGAACAGAGAGACCUUGGAGGGCAGAGAGAAGCAGUUUAUAGCCGAGUUCCAGGACAACCUGCAGGCAGUCAACAGAGACCUCAAUGAGUUGGAGCGUCUGAGUGGUCUUGUUGGUCGCCCCUCAGAGUCUCAUCCUCUCCAUAACAGCGGUCUUCUCAGUCUGGAUCCAGUUCAGGACAAAACUCCUUUAUACUCACAGCUGCUGCAGGCCUACAAGUGGUCCAACAAGUUGCAGUACCACGCUGGUUUGGCCUCCAGUUUGUUGAAUCAGCAGUCACUGAAACGAUCGGCCAAUCAAAUGGGAGCGUCAGCCAAGAGACGACCCAAAGUCCAACCCAGUACUCUGGUACUGCCUCCUCAGUAUGUGGAUGAUGUCAUUUCUCGGAUCGGCAGGAUGUUUCCAGAUAUGACCAUCGAACUGUUCAGACCCAACGGGACGUCUGCUGUGCUGCUGGUGACCCUGGGGAAGGUGUUGAAGGCCAUUGUUGUGAUGCGUUCGCUGUUCAUUGACAGAACUGUGGUUCGAGGAUUCAAUGAAAAUGUUUACAAUGAAGACGGAAAGCUGGACAUCUGGACCAAGUCUCAGUACCAGGUGUUCCAGAAGGUAACUGAUCACGCCACCACCGCCCUCCUGCACUACCAGCUGCCCCAGAUGCCAGACGUCGUGGUUCGAUCCUUUAUGACCUGGUUGCGGAGCUACAUUAAACUCUUCCAGUCUUCCUGUCAGCGCUGUGGUCGUUUCCUGCAGGACGGACUUCCGCCAACAUGGAGGGACUUUAGGACCCUUGAGGCAUUUCACGACACCUGUCGCAUGUGAACAAAGCUCCUCUUCAUCAGUUUGUUUUUUUUCUCUUGAUGAUUUUGUGUUAAGAAGUUUAAAUAAAGUUUUGUGUAAUUUUUUUACA